ACAGCAUGAGGCUCAUCUGAAAAGGAGUACAACCUUUACAACUAUUGAGGACAGCUGAAGAGAGAGUCACCGACAAAGACAGAAUGACAUUUACUGCGGCUGUCAGAUGUUUGCCUGGUCAGAGGUCUACAGAUGAGAAGAGCAACAGUAAUAUCUGGAGAAGAUAUAAACUGACAGAUGGAGAAUGUGCAAACAAUACACGGACAGUGCAGCUUUUGCUAUAAAAGAGAUGUGAGCACUUGAUCAAUAUAAGCACCACAUGGCAAAGGUAAAGCACGUUUAGAAUUCUCUGUAAUCCUCACCUCUGAAAUCCUUAAACUGCCAUUAAACACCUUAAAGCUCUCUCAGUCUAAUCAAGUUUGGAUCAAGGACAAAGACUGAACAUAAAUAAGAAGACCACCAAUCUUCAGUUCUGAUCACAAAUCAUGAACAACUGUCACAUCGACUUCAGCUCACAAACAGAUCUUCUCCCUGGUCUCUAUGGUGCCAUCUUCUGUGUGGCAUUGCCCACAAACUGUCUGGCACUUUAUGGCCUAUACAAACUGCUUAAAGCAGAGGAUUCUCUUCCGGUGUAUGUGAUCAACCUUCUUUUAACAGAUAUCCUUCAGAUAGUCACGCUGCCUCUGUGGAUUGACUAUUACAAAAAUGGUCAUGUGUGGCGUUUUCAUGAAGUGACUUGUGUCGUUUUUGGUGUGCUGCUGCACAUAAGUCUCUUAGGCAACGUUGGAUUUCUAAGCCUGAUUUCUGUGGAACGUUAUUUAGCUUUUGCUCAUCCUUUAUGGUAUAAGAAUAUCCGGAGGCUGUCUAACACCUGUAUUCUAUGCUUGGCAUUGUGGGUUCUGUUCACAGGAAUCAGUCUUCUUGUCUGGUAUUUUACAACAGGAAAUUCCAAACAACACCUCUGCUUUGAAAGUUAUCCAGCAACAAAUACGUUCUCCAUUAUGUGUCUAAGUAUGUCCGUUUUCUGGUUCCCAUUGCCUCUUGCACUCCUCAUCUUUAUUUACAUUCGCAUUGAGAAGAUCUUAAGAAGUUCACAGUCAGUUCCAGAUGAAAACAAGAAGAAAAUAAAACACCUUCUCAUCACGAUAGUGCUAAUAUUUAUUUUGGUUUAUGGGCCCUUUUGUACCACAGCUUUCAUCAGAUAUGUUGGAUUAUUAAUCGUAUCUGACAAAUGUCAACAUGAGUCAAAAAUGUUUUAUGCUUAUAGAUGUACAUUUGCAUUGCUUAGUGUAACAAGUCUCUUGGAUCCAGUCUUCUACAUAUUAAUCUCCAAAGAUAUUCGUAAAGAGCUGCAGGAACUUUGCCCAUUCAUCUUUAGACGACUGUGGCCAGUGGAUAGCAGUUCAGUUUGAAAG